AUGGCACCCUUUCUGAAUGGAUACGGUAAAGGUGGAAAUCGUCAUCUACCAACAGAGCCCGCCACGACCGACGUCCGCUUCUCCGACAUACCUUCCGCACUCGAUAUCCAAGUCUCAGGCGGCGAUGCCGAGGAGGCCGUCGAGAUCAGUCUCGAGGAUUUGCUUGACGAUCCAACAGAACUAUGCACACUUCUAGAAAAUGAAAAUGCGGAAAAGCGGGUGUGGAUGAUAAUUGCUCUGGCGUACGCGAGGCAAGGGAAGAUCGAUCUUGCAAUCGACAUUCUACACAAGGGCUUGAAUUCUCUAUCGAGGGGAAGUCCAAAGGAGAAGCUAGCCCCGCUCAGCCUGCUUUGCUGGAUGUUCUUGGGCAAAAGUCGGCAGGCACCGAGAGUGUUACCUGAUGGUCAAGCGGCAUCAGAGGUGAAGACAAAGGACCUCUGGCUCCAGUCCGCGACCGCUAUCAUGAACGAUGCAUCUCGAAUCAACCCGGCUUUCCCUCCGCUCUAUCUCGCGCGUGGUGUUCUCUACCUCCUCCGCGCCUCCUUGCAACCUCCCUCGAAGCCCGUUGCGCCUGGCUCGAUGGAUCAUUCAGAGCGGAUGGAAUCGUUGAGGCAAGCACUCAAGUGCUUUGAGGAUGCAGCGCGAGUGUCGCAAGGGAGAAAUAUGAUGGCGGUCUUGGGUACGGCAAGAGCACAAUUCUCGAUGGGACGAUAUGCGGAAGCUUUGAAGGGCUACCAGGAGGUUCUUUCAAAAAUGCCACAUCUUCAUGACCCUGAUCCUCGGAUUGGCGUUGGAUGCUGCCUUUGGCAAUUGGGAUACCAGGAAGAGGCGCGGGAGUCAUGGGAAAGAGCCUUAGAGAUCAAUCCCGACUCGAAGAUUGCUACCCUCCUGGUCGGUCUCUAUUAUCUCAACGACAGCUCAAACUACGCUACGAAGGAUCCCGCUUUUGCUCCAAUCUACAAGAAAGCCAUGACCGAGUACACUCAGAGAGCUUUCAAAUUAGACAAAGAACUGCCCCUCACAUGCGCGACGUUUGGUGGUUACUUCCUACUCAGGAGGGCAUGGCCUACUGUCGAGACAUUGGCGCGAAAAGCAAUCGAGUUGACUGAUGUCAACGCCAUCGCUAGUGACGGUUGGUAUCUUCUUGCGAGGAAAGAGCACUCACAAGAGAAUCCAGACUACUCAAAGGUUAACGAUUUCUACAGUAGAGCUGAUGCUGCAAGAGGCGGCGGCGACAAGGGCUAUGUACCAGCAAGACUUGGGCUCGCUCAGGUACAGGUAUUGCAGCAAGAUGUUGAUGGGGCAAAAUUCCGAUUGGAGAAGGUCAUACAGGCUUCGAAGAGCACUGAGGCAAUGAUGCUUCUUGGAGCCUUGUAUGCUGAGGAUGUUUUUGCAAAUCAAGUGACAACUGGUGUGAAGGAAGACAAGUCUGCGGAGGUCAAGAAAGCAGUCGCGUUCCUUGAAGCUGUGCGCAUAGCUUGGAAAGAUCCCUCAAAAAAGCUAUAUCCCGACCUGUCAGUACUCGUCUAUCUCGCUCGCUUGUACGAAGUCGACCACCCAGAUAAGGCAAUGCAAUGCUUGCAGCAGGUUGAGAAGCUGAGCAUCGAGGAUCUAUCGGAUAAGAAGGACAUGCUCAAGGAUGCAGAACUCGACGAGGCCACGAUGACAAAGCUUCGCGAAGAACUGCCUCCACAAUUGCUCAACAACCUUGGGUGCUUUCAGUACCAGAGCGAGAAGCACGACUUGGCCAGAGACCUUUUCCAGACAGCAUUGAAUUCUCUUGUCAAGUUCGGAGAGAGAGACGAGACUAUCGACACAGAUGCCCUGGUCACAACCAUCAGUUAUAACCUGGCGCGGACAUACGAAGCCGCUGGCUUACUUGACGAUGCAAAACAGGUAUACGAGGGCCUGUUGGCACGUCACCAAGACUAUACUGAUGCUCGAACGCGACUCGCUUACAUCGAAUUGCGCCUGAACCCAACAGAGGAUGGGCCAAAGGCCAUAUCUGCAUUAAAUGAGACAGACGGCUCAGAUCUCGAAGUACGAGCGCUUCUGGGGUGGUAUCUCAGCAGAUCAAAGAAGCACGCUACCAACGUUGCCGAAGACCAAGAGCAACGGCACUACAAGCACACUUUGCAACUUUACGAGAAGCAUGAUCGGUACUCGUUGACUGGCAUGGGCAACGCGUACGCUAAAUAUGCCCGCGAGAUGCGGAGAACGACAGACAAGGAGAGGGAAAAGCGAAGUGCCGAAUACCUCAAAGCUGUUGGAUACUAUGAUAAGGCGCUACAACUAGAUCACAGAAAUGCUUAUGCUGCGCAGGGCAUUGGUAUAGCUCUGAUCGAAGAUAAGAAAGACCUCGGCUCCGCUCUUCAUAUCUUUACAAAGAUUCGAGAUACCGUGCGCGACUCCAGUGUCUUCAUCAAUCUUGGUCAUGUCUAUUGCGAGCUGAAGCAGUACGUCAAGUCGAUUGAGAGCUACGAAACCGCCCUCCACAGAGAUCGCGCCUCGGAUCCUCAAGUCCUUGCUUGCCUCGGCCGCGUAUGGCUUCUCAAAGGCAAACAAGACAAGUCUACCUCAGCCAUGAAAUCCUCCCUCGACUAUUCCCGCCGUGCUCUGGCCAUCGCCACUUCUCAAAUCCAUUUCAAGUUCAACAUUGCCUUUGUGCAAAUCCAACUCGCUCAGCUAAUUUACACCCUCCCCGAGUCCCAACGCACCCUCGCUGAAGUUCAAGCUGCUUCGGAAGGUCUCGAUGACGCCAUUGAAUCAUUCACUGAAAUCGCGCAAGCGAAAAAUCCUCCUUACCCUAAGCACGACAUCGAGCAACGAGCUAACAUGGGAAGAAACACUAUGCGCAGACAGCUUGAGCGCGCCAUUCAAUCUCAGCGUGAGUACGAAGAAAAGAAUGCGGCACGCCUACAGGAAGCACGCGAGUCGCGCGAAGCAGAGAUGAAGCGCCGUGAGGAAGAGCGGAAGAGAGCUGAAGAGAUCGCUGCUGAGGAAAAGAAGAAGAUCCAAGACGAGCGUAACAAGAUGCUCGCACUAAACCGCGAGCUCGUCGAGAAGCGCGCCGAAGAAGAGCGACGGAAAGAAGAACUUGAAUACACCACCGACUCAGAGACAGGCGAGCGCGUCAAGCGGAAGAAAAAGCCAAGAGGUGCUGGUGGCAAACGCAAGAAGAAGGGCGAAGACUCGGAUACGGAGACUGAAGGUGAUGGCCCGAGGAGGAGGAGAAAGGGCGCUAAGGGCACAGAAGAUGAGACUAGUGGCAUCACCAGUAUGGAUGACAAUGGCCCGAGAACAAAAAAGAAGAGGAAGUUGGCCCGCAAGGGAGGCAAGGAAGACAAAUUCAAGAGUAGCGAAAUGGUCCUUGACAGCGACGAGGAUGACGACGUUGCACCAGCUGCCACUAACGGUGGAGGCAAGACAAGUGAUCCUGAAGAGGACGCCGAGAUGGAAGAUGCUAGACCCGCCAUCGAGGCUGCAACUAGAGGAGAAGACGACGACGAAGACGAAGAAGAAGCCGUAUCCCGCCCCCGCAAGAAACCCGUCCGCCGCAUCGAUGAGAGCGACGAGGAAGAAGAGGACGACGACGAGGACGACGAGGGGGAGGAUGAAGAUACAGCACCUCCGCCCAUGACUACCGCAGAGAAAGCAGCCGCCGAGGAACAAGGCGAAGAUGUCUCGAUGGUGGAUCAGAAAGUCACGGCGGCGGGCGGCGGCAACGAUGUCGAAGUUUCAGGGCAAGCCGGUGGCGUUUAUCCCGGCGUGACCGGAGGUGGAGAAGCGGGUGCGUAA